AUGGGUCAGCCUCAGAAAAAGCAUACCCUGGUGGUGAUAAACAGUCUCAGAACGUUAAAAGCUCUAGAGGUCAAUACAAAGACCUCCAGUUCAGACACAAACUCCCUGGCAGAGAUCAGUUUAAUAGCCAAAAACAGGGACCUGGUUCCAGUCAUAAUUACAUCUUUGACAGCAUCAAGAAAGUGGAGCUGAACAGAAAUGACAUUGUGUUUUCUGAAAAAGGCAAGUCUGGAAAUAACCUCCUUGGCAGUGGUGCUUUUUCACAAGUGUUCAAAGGCACAUAUCAGGGCUCAGAGGUUGCUGUGAAAAGAAUACAAGUUCCACUGCAGACAAGAGAUCUCAGUUAUUUUAUUUCAGAAAUUUCCAUUUUGCAGGAGCUGAAACAUCCUAAUGUAGCCAUGUUGUUGGGUGUGUGUAGCAGACGGGAGAAAUUUCCCCUGAUUGUCAUGGAAUUUGUGGCCUGUGGGAACUUGCACACAAGGUUACAUGGCCCUGGCAGAACUGAUUUAAACCGAGAAGAGUUCUAUCAAAUUACCCAGGAUGCAAGUGCCGGCAUGCUGUAUCUUCACAACCAUCAGCCACCAGUUCUCCAUCUUGAUCUAAAACCCACAAAUAUUCUCUUAGGACAUGGAGCGCGAGCAAAAGUGGCUGACUUUGGAUUCACAAAAAUUAGAUUUAAAGAUGAUGUAAAACUACAUCACAGAAAAGAAUCUCCCACUUGGAUGGCUCCAGAGUUGUUCACUUCAGGAGAGAUAACUUCUAAAGCAGAUGUUUACAGUUUUGGCAUGGUGCUCUGGGAAAUGUUGACCAGACAACACCCAUAUGACAAUUUCACUUUGUUCCAGAUAUUGGAGUGUGUACAAGCAAACAGGCGCCCUCCUCUUCCAUCUCAUUGUCCAAAAAUGUUGAUUGAAAUUGUUCAGAAAUGUUGGCACCAAAAUCCAGCUAAAAGACCAGGAUUCAAAGUUAGUUGUGAUUUUCUUGUAAAAUAA